UUUGUUAAGGGAAAUGCAACAGGAAUUCGCGCCAUGGACAGUGCUGGCUAGCAGUUUUUAGACCUCCCUUUGUGUUUACCCGCAAAGACUGUUCCUGGUUGGGAGAUGGAGACAGGCGGGGGUCCUUGGGCUCGCUCAGGACCCAGGCCGGUGCUAGGUUUUUUCCAGGUGGGAGACACAGCUGGCCCGGUAACCCAUGGUCAAGCUGAGAAGGUAAGCGUUGGGGACCCCCCAAGAUCGCCACAGCCAACCUCCAGCGCGAGUGGCCCCCGGGGAUGCUUUUCCCCCAGCGAAGAUGGCCUCGCGGGAUUCUCCCCACCCUCCUGCCAGCCCACCCCAGCAUCCCCACUCCCAUCCCAAGGCGCGAGCCUCCGAGCGCCGGGCCGGCUGCGCUGUGAGCGCGGAGGCGGUGAGCACAGCGGCGACGCCUUGGACCUACGUCCCCCUGCGCCCGGCCACACCUGCGAGGACCGGGCGGCGAGGGCCAGGAUCGGGCGCGCCGGCGCGCGGGGAGGAAGGAAGGACACGCGGAGGGGAUGGAGAGGGGGAAAGUGAGGAAGGACAAGGGAAAGGGGCCCGCGAGGGACAGAAUUAGGCUAACAGGCAAGGAAGAGAGAAAGAAAGAGGCGGGGGAUAAAAUUCAGGAAAAAGAGAAGGGCAAGACGAAAGCCAACGGAAAGGACGAGAAGGGUAAGAGAAAGGACAAAGGGGUGGAGAAGAGGAAGGAGCAAGGCAAGGCGGCAGAGAAACGGGAGAAGCAGCCCGGAGGAGAGCAAGAGGAGAGGGACCCCGGCAAUGUGGCGAGCCCCGCGCCCCAGCCUGCGGAGGAAAGUAAGCAGAUCCUAGUUCUAGGCCUGGAUGGAGCAGGGAAAACCAGUGUCCUCCACACCUUAGCUUCCAACAGCUCCUGUCACAGCAUGGCGCCCGCCCCAGGUUUCAAUGCGGUGAGCAUCGACGCAGGAGGCCGCCCCAUGGAGUUCCUGGAGACUGACCCCGAUUGCUCCCAGUUCGUGAGAAGAUGUUUUUUUUCUAGAAAGAGAAUGCAAGAUCUUUCUAGGCCUAAAAGACAAUGGGGAACUCCAGAUAGAAGACUGUUUUGGGGAAAUCAAGACCCUAUUUGCCCUGUUUCUGACAGAGCUUUGACUGCUCUCCCUACAAAGAGACUUAGCAGCCUUGCUCAGCCCAAGAAGGUCUCCCACCACUACAUGCCUAACAGGGAUCAGUAUUACUACAGCUGUGGAAGAGAGUCUGUGAUUUGGAAGAUUCCUCAUCCUGCACUGUUUAACCAGCCCUCCAAAAGGAUUCAGAGGCUGGCCCAGCCCAACAGAUUCAGAAAACAGCAUCUGCAAAACGGGUCUGCCAGUGAUCACUUAGCAAGAGGUCCUCUCCACUUCUCAGAAGCUUCUCCCCGGAUUCUGCAGCUCUCAGUCGCCAAAGGCACAGAUGCAAACUACGUUCCUCCAAGAAGCGUUGAAACAAGAAUUGCCAUUACCACCCUGAGUGCUGUUGCUACUCCACGAAUUAUAGACCUUGCCCACCCAAGGAUCAAGUUAGAUGGUCUGUGCUAUAAGACACAAAGAAGCGAGCUGCCAAUCCGCCCUAUAUCCGUUGCUGCCUUGCACGCCAAACCUAGCCCCCGAAUAUCUGCUUUAGCUAAGUCGAAGCCUCUUCAUCAAGACUACCUACCUGCCCGUGAUGCCCAGUGGCCAGUGUCCUAUGCUGCUACCCACUCGAAAGCUUCUCCCAGGAUUCAGGAACUAGCCAAUCCAAGCUCAAGGAGUCCUGUGCAUAUGAUGUACUACGAUCCUGAUGCCUUCAAAGUCAAGCCGGCUGCUCUGAGAGCACAGUGUUCAGCGCGGGUCCAGAAGUUGGCAGAACCUCUGGCACGUUAAACAGAGAAGAUCACGCCAGUCAGACACCAGUUGUGUAUCUGGGAUAUGAACCGAAUGACUUAGUUCCCUACCCUGGUUCUGCCUGUUUACCUUUCCCAGCUGCCCCCCAAGCGUGAGACCUUCACGAAUACCGCUGCGAGCAUCAAACAGCCACUGCUGCCGCACCUGUAGCUGAACCGUUAGCAGGUCUGGGGAUUCAGCAUGCAAUAAAAGUCACGCUGAGAGCCAGCCUUGUUCUUCCUGCCUCCUCAUCGCCGGCCCGCAGGAAGCUGCUUUCUUUACCUGCCUGGGCUUUGCUUUUCCUUUCCCAGUGAGUCCCAUGUCCCCGUCCCAGCGGAUGAUCCUGCCUCUGUCUCUUCUCGGGUAAGUCCUGGGAACUGAGAUUUUAAACGCUUUUCAGAAUCUGUGGCUGGCAGUGGAGAAUGGGCAGUUGUCAAUGAUCUCCUCUCUGGCAGUCUCCUUCCUCACUUCGGCUUGGAGCUGCUUACCAUGAAUGACCGAAAAGCAAGAUGUUGCUUUUAAUGGCAGACAUGAACACUACUCUGUUAAAUAGUACAGUAUUUUAUUGUCUCCAUGCUACUGUUUCAUAAAUUAAACUAAAUUUAUGGGGCAGAUCUAAACUUGCAUGAAAAUAAACUGACUUUCAAGCUUAUUUUAAAGAUGCAUGAGUUAUAUCUUUAAGGUCUCUGUGUUAUAGAGAGGUGAUCCUUCUUUUUUUGGUGCCAGGGAUCAAACUCACGACCUCAAGUUUGCCACGCAGGCACUUACGCCGCUGAGCUAAACCCCUGGCCCUAGAGAGGUGAUCGUACUCAGUGGUUUCGGAAUCAGCCAGACCCGGGGUUCUGUCUCCUUUGGGUCAUCUAUCAGAUGCGUGAUCUUCAACAAAUUUCCUAACUCUUUGUGCUGUGGUUUGAUUUGAUGCCGGGAAUCAAACUCACAACCUUGGGCUUGCCAGGCAGGCACUUACGUCACUAAGCUAUAUCUUCCACUGCAGUUUCUUUAUGUAUAAAAUAGGUUCCAACUGCACUGUUACAAAGAUUCAAUGAGAAAAUGUAUAUAAUAAAGCACAAAUUUGAAUAAAAAGCUGUUGUUUAAAAAUUUA